GCACGCGAUUCGCUCGGUACAAAGUGUCGUGGUGCGCCCAUUUAAAUCAAUUUCAACGAUCUUCUCGCUCCGGUAGCUUCGCUGCCGGCUAGUGCGUUUUGAGGGACCAUUUCAAUCGGAAGUACCAGCAAAUACGGUCGUGCAGUGAUGGCGAGCGAAUCAGCGAAACCGGCAGCAGCCCCCAAGCUGAGUGUUAUUUCGGCCAAGUUCACCGAAGCCACGCUCGAUGAAAUUAUCCAGAAUUCGGGCGGAAAGCGGUGCACGAGCUGGAAAAUGUCUGACACCGAGUUCAAGAAGGGUGAUUCUUAUCUCAGCGAACUCUACCGAAUUCAACUCUUUGAUGAUAGCGGGGAUCAACCGGUCUCGGUGAAUGCCGUUGUAAAGACAAUCCCGAAGAACGUCGGUCGCCGCAAUACUUUCCGUUCGGCAGAUUUUUUCCGGAAUGAGUAUAACUUUUAUACCGUGGUUCUGAAGGAAUUGUACAGCUUCCAGUCGAAGCGCCAACCGAAGCAUCCCUUCAACGACAUUCCCAAGUGCCUCGCAGCAUAUUCGGAUGGCGAAAAUGAUUUCAUCGUUUUGGAGGACCAGUCCCAGUACGGGUAUGGUACUGCUUCAAGAGCGACUGCAAUAACGCUGGAAGAGGGUAUGCGUUGCAUGCACUCAUUAGGUCGCUUGCAUGCGCUUUCGCUGGCGAUGAAAGAUCAAGAGCCAGAACGGAUUCAACGGAUUACGGCCACCAUCGUGGAGACCUACUACAGUGCGGAUCGUGAACCAUGGUACAGGAAUUUUAUGCAGCGUUUAAUACCCAUUUCCAAACAUGCACUGGAUCUCGUGUGUGCGGAAGACGAGCAGGAGCACUCUUCGAUGGGCGAGUUCAAAUGUGCUGUUGAAAGAUUCCUGGAUUCUAACAUUUAUCAAAUGAUGAUAGAGAUGACGCACACUCAUAACCGGAACUCAGUUAUCAACCACGGCGAUUGUUGGUUGCCUAAUUUUCUCUUCCAUCACGAUUCCGCGAUGGCCGUCCGUAUGAUCGACUUCCAGAUGGUGCGAUUCGCAUCGCCGGUGUUAGACAUCAUGCUAUUCGUGUACACUUGCACCGAUCAGGAACUGCGGAAGACACACUACGACGACCUGUUGCAGGCGUAUCACAUGAGCUGUUGUGAGUUGCUGCAAGAGCUAGGAUCAAAUUCGGGAGUCGUAUUUCCACGCAGCGAGUUGGAGAAAGAAUUAGACCAAUUUGGCCGCUUCGGAUGUGCUAUAGCGAUGGAAUCCAUUCCAUUAUCGUUGCUCGAUGAUGCCGAUGUAGCUGAUUUAAAUAGUAUCGAGGGAACGGAAGCAGUGCCAUUAGAGGAGGUGCUGGUGCUUGGUAACAUCUCGAGCCGUGAAGGACGUCGACGACUUGUCGACGUAUAUCGUCAUGCCUAUGAGUGUGGAUAUCUGAAAUGAAAGCGUUCCAAAUUGUAUAAUAUAACCGCGAGAAUUCUAACAAUACACAUAUGUUUUCUAGUUUCAUUUAUUGAUGUUCUGUCAAUUAUCUUAAAAGAUAUUUUGUUUUGUUCCAAACCGACGCUAACGAGUUCAGUGUUUUGCAAUACUUGCCACGGUUUGGCCAGCUGGCGUGAUGAAGUAACCAUUUUAGUCUGUUUUUAUUUCAAGUUUUCCGUCGCAUUCAUUGGAUUCCACCGCAUCAAACACUCAUAUCAAAGGGAGGAUAGUAUUAGUAUAUGUCUUACUAUUUUUACAACUUUCACACUUCGUUUUUCUUAUAUGGGUUUUCUACUAUGCCGUUGUACCAGCAGCAUCCAUUUAGUUACCGUGCUGUCUCCAUUAUUUCUCAUUACUAUUCGUUCCACCUAGCAGCAUCGCGAUCUUGAAAGUUCAUUUAAUAUUAACUUCGAAUAUGUGAAACGAAAGCAUGGUUAAAACAUCCAUAAACCAGUCCUAUUCAGAACGAUGAUAACCGAUUUGGGGUAAAACGAGAGUUAUACCAAAAGGAUCGAUAGGCAGGUAGAGCGAGAUGUUCGAAUUCUUUUUGGCCUUUCUACUCCCUAGCGGGCAACAAGAACUACACACUAUGCAAUCCACUGCCGACAACAAAAGAAUA